CCCGGCCCUCUUUCUCCCCCGGCUUGCUUUGCUCCUACUCGCGCCAGCGCCACUGCUGCAGACGUGGCUGUUGACAUCAGAGCUGACGCCAAUGGUGAGGGGGCUACCCUUCAGCUCCCUCUUCUACACCACUAACUCAGCCCAGGACACCCCGCCACCGUCACCGCCGGCAGCCGCUCCACCGCCGGCAUGGAUGUGGCCCUCUUGUAAGAACCCAAGGACGACCCAGUACUUCCGGACCCCAUCCGCCACCGCCAAGACCAUAGCAUCCCUCUUCCUGGACUCCGGGGAGUCGUCCUUCGCCAACUCCUCCGCGCGGACGACGACGCACCACGCCGACGACUGCGCGUCCGAAAGCCAGUCCACCGAGUCCGGGGCCUCGGCGUCGGCGGCCGACGACAUCGCGGACGCCAUCGUCCGGGGACUCCGCUCCGACGACCGCCUCCUCUUCGAGCCCCACGGGCCCUCCAGCUCCAUCCUCGAGAGGAAGCCUCCGGCGCGUCCUGCCGUGCGCCUGCGGCCGCGAGCCGCCUCCUCCGCCCAGGCCAAGGCGGCGGCGGCGUCCUCGUCCUUCGGCGACGACAGCGUGGCGGUGGCGUUCGACUCCACCGAUCCGUACCACGACUUUCGGGCUUCCAUGGAGGAGAUGGUGGCCGCGCACGGCAUGGGCGACUGGGAGUGGCUCGAGAGGAUGCUGGCAUGGUACCUCGGCGCCAAUGGCAGGCACACCCACUCCGCCAUCGUCACCGCGUUUGUCGACCUCGUCGUCACCAUGGCCGCGGCCUCCGCCCCUGCCUGCGCCUGCGCCUGCAGCUCCUCCCGCGUCUCUUCUUUCACGUUCGCCAGCAGUAGCGAGCCUGCCGAGAGCAGCAGCGCCGGCGGCCAUUUCUCAUUGGGCCUGAGGUAAAUCAAACCAGCCGGCCGGACGCCUCUGGCUUGCUUGCAUUGUCGCAGUAGCUUCGGCAUGUGUAUCAUGCAUGUACUCGUGUACCAGCAACCGUCUGUGUGAGCGAGUGUUCGUUUUUUUUUCCUUUGGUGUGCGUGUGUGUUUGAUAAACUUUUCAGUAGUACUUGAUCCAGGUUGAUUAUUUUUAGAGUCUAUCUAUCCAACAACUUAGUGUUGGGCACUCGCUCUUCUUUACUGUUUA